AUGGUGGAAAAAGACCCAUCAAAUAAGAGUUCUGACGAAGAAGCAUUGGGGAGCAAAGCAAGAAAGGGUGGACUAGGUCGUAAGUCAAAUGGAAGAUAUAAGGUCAUUUACAACGACUACGAACAGCAGAUAAUCCACGCUGAAGUCAAAGGCCCGAAAGUAAUUACAGAGGAUCGCAUAUAUCACCCUGAUUUUACAAAGCUCUGUAACUUGCUGAAGGAUGAGUUUGACUAUUUGCUGUCGAAAGACUGCCCUACCGAAAUUUCAGACUUUGGAAUGCUUAUUGGCGGACACAGGGCAUCGGUAUACGCCAUGGAUUUAGUCUAUACACACAUAUAUAGACUAUUUGAGUUUGGUGAAUUUUUAAUUCCCCGUUCUAAUCUUGAUCUAAAUCGUUUGGACCAGUGCUUUAACGUGUUGAUCACUCUGAAGGAAUUUGUGGAUAAAUCCUCCAAGCAAUGCUUAGAGUUUUUGAUGAAAGCCGCCACUUCUGGAACGCCUCCAGCACAAAGGCAGCUUUAUGUCAAGUCUUUUAGGAGCCCCUAA